GCUGGUGUCGCGGGCGCGUGGUGGGAGCCGCGCGUUCCCUGGGGCUCAGCAGUGCGCGAAUCGGGGGGCGGCCGCGCUGGGCUGGAGCCUCGACGCUCCGGACGCGGCUCUGGAAGUGUGAGAAGCGGAACAGGAACGCAGCCGGGCUCGUGAAACCCGGGCUUCAGCUCCCAGACCCUCCUGCCGUUCAGGAAGAGACCUGGGAAAUUACGUUUCUUGCAGAGUGUAGCGGGGGCCGCGGCUGCAGAGCAGGACUGCCGGGAGGCGCUACGCCCCUGAGCCCAGCAUGGCAGGCCUGAAGCGGAGGGCGAGCCAGGUGUGGCCAGAGGAGCGUGGCGCGCUGGAGCACGGGCUCUAUAGCCUGCACCGCAUGUUUGACGUCGUGGGCACCCACCUGACACACAGAGACGUGCGAGUGCUCUCCUUUCUGUUUGUUGAUGUCAUCGACGACCACGAGCGGGGGCUCAUCCGGAACGGACGGGACUUCCUGCUGGCGCUGGAGCGGCAGGGCCGCUGUGACGAGAGUAACUUCCGCCAGGUGCUACAGCUGCUGCGUGUCAUCACUCGCCAUGACCUGCUGCCCUACGUCACGCUCAAGCGGAGGCGGGCUGUGUGCCCCGAUCUCGUGGACAAGUAUCUGGAGGAGACAUCGAUUCGCUAUGUGACCCCCAGAGCCCUCAGCGACCCAGAACCGAGGCCUACCCAACCCCCUAAAACAGUGCCUCCCCACUAUCCUGUGGUGUGCUGCCCUGCUCCGGGCCCUCAGAUGUGUAGCAAGAGGCCAGCUCGAGGGAGAGCCACACUCGGGAGUCAGCGAAAACGCCGGAAGUCCGUGACAGCGGAUCCCAAGGAGAAGCAGACGUGUGACAUCAGGCUGCGGGUCCGCGCGGAGUACUGCCAGCAUGAGACCGCACUGCACGGCAACGUCUUCUCCAACAGGCAGGACCCGCUCGAGCGCCAGUUUGAGCGCUUCAACCAGGCCAACACCAUCCUCAAGUCCCGGGACCUGGGCUCCAUCAUCUGCGACAUCAAGUUCUCCGAGCUCACCUACCUCGACGCAUUCUGGCGCGACUACAUCAACGGCUCGUUACUGGAGGCGCUCAAAGGUGUCUUCAUCACAGACUCCCUGAAGCAGGCCGUGGGCCACGAAGCCAUCAAGCUGCUGGUGAACGUGGACGAGGAGGACUAUGAGCUGGGCCGACAGAAGCUCCUGACGAACUUGAUGCUGCAGGCCUUGCCCUGACUGUCUUGGGGCUGCCCCGCCACUCGCGUCCGGAGUGCACACUGUUCUGUUCUGGGGUUUGUUCUUACCCUGCCAACCAGUCACAGCCCUGCCUUUUUUUUUUUUUUUUAAGGAAAAGACAAAGGAACAUGGAAGUGGUGUCCCCACCCCCCCAUGCAGCCAUGUGCCUGGGCUUCCCCUUUGUCCCCCUUCCCACUUAUCCCGAUGUGUCUACAGCCACCUUGCCACUGAGCCAGAAGACAGAUGUGCAGGGACAAGUGAAGGCUGUAGCGCAGUCUUUGCAAGGGACUGAAGUGAACACUGCGUCUGCGUGCGUGCAUGGGGGUUAGCAGUGCUCCUGGCUUUAUGAGGGCUCUUAAAUCCUGUCUGAAAAACCAAAGGGCUGUGAGUAAGGGAGCUGUGUGGAAGGUGGGACUCGGAAGUGGGUUUUGGAAAUUAAUCACCACCCUCUCCCAAAUUACAGAAUUUUUAAAAAAACAAACAAGCUGUGGCCCUUCCCACUGUCUCCUGGCCUCUGGUGCUGCUCCUCUGCCUCUUUCCCCCCACGCCAUGGCCGAGACCUCUGCCUGGUGUGGCGCCUCCUUUCCCCCUUUGUCAAACCUUCGUCAGGGGAGAGUAGGUAAGAGGAAUAGGUCAGCCUGGUCGCCCCUCCCAGCUGACGGAGAUGUGUGUGCGCACACAUGCACGGGUGGGCGGGGCAGAGGCUGCUGAUGAAAAUAGACUCCCCCUGAAAAGGGGCAGGGGGAGUGUGAGCCUGCCUUCCAUGUUCAAGUGAAAAUAAAUGAUGUACCCUGCA